AUGCGCAACAUCAGGCUCCUUACCUACCAACAUGACCACGGUCGGCUCUAUCUGGCCAACAGUCCCGGUCUACCAGUCGCAGAGGACUCGGUACUGCUUGGAUUUGGCUCAUUCAACCCUGCUGAUAUGAAUUUCGACCUUAUGGCCGCGGUGACUCGGACGUUGACCGGGCAGGAUCCCACAUUCCAGGAUUUUACUUUCCUAUGGAGCUGGGACAAUCAGCAACUAGGCCAUCACUAUGUCCUCGUGGAGUCGACCCCAUCCACCAUCGAGGCCCAUUCCAACGAUGACAUCUGGGGCACUACAAAGCAAGCCUCAUGGGACAGUAACACUAACACUGAAGCCAAGGCUGAGGAACCAACACCAGAGACUCCCGUCUCCCUGCCCUCCGAUUUCUGGUACUCCCCCGACAGCAAUCCCCAUCCUGAUUUCUGGUAUGCACCCGAGGAAACUGAAGACUUGUGGAACACCCCAGUAUCCGAGUCUUGCGGCCAUCAAUCAAGCGCGGGAUCAGCUUCGACAUCUACCAACUCUCACAGCCAGACCCAUGACCGCAAGAGUCAUAGUGCCCCGAAACACGAUGACAAGAAGGGGGAGAAGACGAAGCGGGUGAGGUUUAGGGUUUAUGAGCUUCCAGAGUCAGAGGAGAAUAAUUACCGGCAUGAUAGAUCAAGCCGGUCUGGCAGGGUUGAUUUCCAGGGUGUCAGAGAAGUGCGGGAUCACUACCACUACCGCUGA